AUGAUGGACGUGUUUCGUGGUUACAACUCUCUAAUUCAGCCGGUUAAAAACAUCAGUGACACUCCGAUCAUCGUGAAAAUCGCACUGCAACUUGUUCUACUCAUCAAUGUGGAUGAAAAAGAUCAAGUAAUGCAUACAAACGUGUGGUUAACGCUGAAAUGGCACGAUUUUCAAAUGCGUUGGAAUCCAGUGAAGUACGGGGAAAUCCGACAAAUCCGAGUCCAACCGGACAAAGUAUGGCUACCUGAUAUCGUCCUUUUCAACAACGCUGAUGGUAAUUACGAGGUAUCAUUCAUGUGCAAUGUUGUUAUAAAUCAUCUUGGCGAUAUGUUAUGGGUACCGCCGGCAAUCUACAAGAGCUCAUGCAUCAUAGAUGUAGAAUUCUUCCCCUUCGACGAACAAGUGUGUACGUUGGUGUUUGGAUCGUGGACGUACAACGAAAACGAAAUCAAACUCGAAUUUGAACAAGCUGAGUGGGUGGAUCUGUCAGAAUAUGCACCGUCUUCUAUCUGGGAUGUGAUGGACGCUCCUGCAUCGUUGGUUAACAAACGGAGUCGAAUAGAAUUCCAAGUGAGAAUUAGAAGGAAAACACUCUUCUAUACCGUCGUGCUCAUCAUCCCUACUGUGCUAAUGGCUUUUCUCAGUAUGGCAGUGUUCUUUCUUCCAACAGAUUCGGGUAAGUUGCCGAAAAAACUAUUCAGUUCAUUUAAAUGA